AUGGCAGAAUCGACCGGUACAGCAAGUGGUUCUUCAAACGCAAACCCUCAGGGCUUUAGAUCGGCCCGCCAUACUGAAUGGACUCAAUUUGAGGUCACAGUCGACGGCCUCUGGGGCGCUGAGUACUUUGGGGACGAGACUGCUCAGGGGAGGACGAACAUGUGCACCUCUCCGUGGUCGCCACAUGAGCUGGAAGACGGCUCUGGCCGGCUAUGUCCAUUAGGCAGUGUUCCCGAUGAGCUUGUCCGUCACCUUCGAGAGGAAAAGGCGAGGCUGCCAAUGAUUGCGCCGAAAAAAAAUUCUCAUGCCAGCCAGGAUGGGGGAGCUGCCGACGGGAGCUCGAACGAUGGUGACGUAGAAGACCUGUGA